UAAAAAAAAAAAACGAUUUUCCGCAUUUUUAGCUUUGCAAAAUUCAUAGCUUCUCUCCUCCUCUCAGAGAGGAGAGAGAAGAAGAACAAGAGAAAAUAUAAAGAGCGUUUUUUCAAAUUAAAAAGAAACUUUAAAUUCCCUCUCCCUCUCCCUCUCCCUCGAGGGUUUCUACUCUCAAAAAUCCAAUCUUCUCUUCUUCUCUAGUCAAUCUCGAUUACCCGUACUUGCAUUUUCGAGAUCCACACAUAAAAAAAAAAUCGCCGAUUUCUCUUCGAUUUAAAGGUGAUCUCAUCGGUUAAUUGUUUAUACAGAUUGGAGUUUAUAGAUACAGAAAUUGCGUUUGAGGAUCAAUGGUAUGCUCGAUUGGAAAUGGGAGGAUGGCAGUCAUGGCUCGGCUUCUGGCUGCGGGAAGUUUAUUGCAAAAUAAUGCAGAGGAGGUUAGCCAGCAGAAAUUAGCUACUCAAUAUAUUUGCAGAGAAUUGCACGAGGCAGAUGAACCAAAUUUACUUGAUGAAGAAGAUAUGCAUGUUUUUGGUUUGAUGCCUAUGACUGACCCUUUGGACCUGGUAUGUUGCAAUGCUUGUAAGAAGCCAGUGAAGGCUAGCCAAUAUGCAGCCCAUGCAGAGCUUUGUAGGUUCUUAAAUUCUGCAGAAGAAAUGACCUUGGAGCCUGAUGGUGGCACAGGACGCAGGAAACCUCCAAGGAAGGAGAGGAAAAAGUUAAUAACUGCCUCUUCUAGCCAAGCCACACCAGUUGUGGAACGAGAAAGUUCUGAAUAUAUAGUUGCAGAUGAUACUGUUGCAUCAGAAUCUCAGUUGGACAGGCCACCUAGAAUGCCUUCUUCCUUCUCCCUGGAUACAAAAAGAAAUUCUGCUACUGUAGAUGUGGCAUCUAUGAUCGUUGGAAAAGCAGUGAGUCCUGAGAAUACAGACUACUCAGCCUGUGUAAUGCCACCUCCAACAAAACGCUAUAAAUUCAUAUCAACUGAGCAUCGACUGCAAUCAGAUGAUCCAGGAACAGCUUCUGGCUUAACAAAAGUUACAAGCACUGUGGAUCCAUCUACUUAUAUUCCGGCUCCCCUUGCUGCCAAAGUUUAUUACUCUCAAAGGAACACUCGUCUACGGUCAGCAGUUGCUUAUCUGUACCAUGCCACAUCCGCUGAGGCACUGAACAUGGUGAAUUCAGAAUUAUCACAGGAAAGCAUAAUGCAACUACUGGCUUCAUCUCAGAAGGGUUCCGUAGAUGCACAAACAAAUGACCUCAUCAAUGAAAAGGGAGAUCCUUCUGUGCAUCAACCCGAUGAAAUUCUUGCACAAAGUUCAGAGAUGUGCCUGGAUAAUUCAGGAGGAUGUCCACCAUUGACUAACUUCUCAAAUCAGUCUCCUGUUGAUAACAUUCUAAGGCCCCAGACUGCUUCAGUUGGAAUGCUCAGAAGCAAAUAUCUUUCAAAGCCCUAUUCUUUUGCAGGCAACUCAGGUCAAUCACUUGGAACCAUGCAGCAACCAAAUGGAACUGUCCCUGUUUUAUAGGAGCCCAUGUGGGAAUUUUGGCUAGGCGAAUAUUUAUUAAAUACCAAAUGUGAGGUUAGGAUCCAUUUUUUAAAACACAAAAGCAAAUCACCGCAAUUGUUCAUUCUAGCAUUCUGUAUCAUACUUGACAUCUGACUGCUGCUUAUACUACUUGAAUAGAAAUAAAAAAAUAAAAUCAUUAUAGUCACA